AUGGGGUCACACGGGGUCACACCCGGGGAUCCCCAUGCGGUCACACCGGGGGUCCCCAUGAGGUCACUCGGGGUCACAUCCGGGGCUCCCUAUGGGUUCCCCAUGCGGUCACACCGGGGAGGGGAUCCCUAUGGGUUCCCCAUGCGGUCACACCGGGGGUCCCCACGCGGUCACACCGCGGGUUCCCCAUGGGGUCACUCGGGGUCACACCCAGGGGGUCCCCCAUGCGGUCACUCGGGGUCACAGCCGGGGGUCCCCCAUGCGGUCACACCGGGGUUCCCCAUGCGGUCACUCGGGGUCACACCGGGGUUCCCCAUGAGGUCACUCGGGGUCACACCCGGGGAUCCCCAUGCGGUCACACCGGGGUUCCCCAUGCGGUCGCUCGGGGUCACACCGGGGGUCCCCCAUGCGGUCAUAUCCGGGGGUCCCCCAUGCGGUCACACCGGGGUUCCCCAUGCGGUCACACCCGGGGGUUCCCCAUGCGGUCACUCGGGGGUCCCCAUGCGGUCACUCGGGGGUUCCCCAUGCGGUCACUCGGGGGUCCCCAUGCGGUCAAUCGGGGGUUCCCCAUGCGGUCACACCCGGGGUCCCCAUGCGGUCACACCCGGGGGUCCCCAUGCGGUCACUCCGGGUCACACCCGGGGUCCCCAUGCGGUCACUCGGGGGUCCCCAUGCGGUCACUCGGGGGUUCCCCAUGCGGUCACACCGGAGGUUCCCCAUGCGGUCACACCCGGGGUCCCCAUGCGGUCACUCGGGGGUUCCCCAUGCGGUCACAGCCGGGGGGUCCCCAUGCGGUCACUCGGGGGUCCCCAUGCGGUCACUCGGGGGUUCCCCAUGCGGUCACACCGGAGGUUCCCCAUGCGGUCACACCCGGGGUCCCCAUGCGGUCACUCGGGGGUUCCCCAUGCGGUCACACCCGGGGGGUCCCCAUGCGGUCACUCGGGGGUCCCCAUGCGGUCACUCGGGGUUCCCCAUGCGGUCACACCCGGGGGUCCCCAUGCGGUCACUCGGGGUCACACCCGGGGUCCCCAUGCGGUCACACCCGGGGUCCCCAUGCGGUCACUCGGGGUCACACCCGGGGUCCCCAUGCGGUCACUCGGGGGUUCCCCAUGCGGUCACACCCGGGGGUCCCCAUGCGGUCACUCGGGGGUUCCCCAUGCGGUCACACCCGGGGGUCCCCAUGCGGUCACUCGGGGGUUCCCCAUGCGGUCACUCGGGGGUUCCCCAUGCGGUCACACCCGGGGUUCCCCAUGUGGUCACUCGGGGGUCCCCAUGCGGUCACUCGGGGGUUCCCCAUGCGGUCACACCCGGGGGGUCCCCAUGCGGUCACACCCGGGGGUCCCCAUGCGGUCACUCGGGGGUUCCCCAUGCGGUCACACCCGGGGGUCCCCAUGCGGUCACAGCCGGGGGUCCCCAUGCGGUCACUCGGGGUCACACCCGGGGUUCCCCCCGCGGCCACGCCCCGCCCCGCGCGCGCCACGCGCCCCGCCCCCGCCGACCAAAACAUUGGCACGUGCGGCCCCGGGCGCCUGUCACGUGACGCGGGUGGGCGCAGACGGCCCCGCCCCGCCGCGCCAAUGGCGGCGCGCGCUGCCGGGUAGCAACAAGCGCGGCGGGCGGCGGCCAAUCAGCGCGGCGGGGGCGUGGCCAGCGCGGCCCGUGGUACUUCCGGCAACAGCCGCGGGCCCGGGCCGAGCGCCGGGCGGGGAGCGGCGGCAGGUGAGCGCGGAGCGGGGAGAGCUGAGCACGGCCCGGCCCGCAGCGGGUCCGGAGGGCGCCUGUGGGGCCGAGUGUGUGAGCCCCGUCGGCCCGGGGGUUUGGGGCUGA